AGGGGAAGUCCAAAAUCAGACAGCAAAAUCAUAUCCAAAUUAGCUUCCAUGCAUACAGGACUGUAUUUCAAACACUGUUGUCUUCAGAAACGGAUUCUCACUUCACCUCUUUGUCCCUCAAGUAGGGGUUUGUAGGGGCCGAUGGGUGGAAGAUGCAAAGAGGGUGAGCACCUAGAUGGCUUGACCAAAUCAUGUAUACCCUGUCGCAUGGUGUGUCAGCAGCCGCCUGCAGUCCCCAGAUGUCCUGUUUACUGUGAGGCCACACUCUGCAAGGCUAAGCCUGGCCACUACUACGAUAGGCUGGUGAGGAGAUGUAUAAAGUGUGCAGAGAUUUGUGGUAAACAUGCAGCAGAGUGCUCUCCGUACUGCACGACUCAGUCACCUCCUGCAACAACCAAAAGGCUCCCAUUUGAAGUUAGCAGACAGGCUGUAAACACCAGGCUGCCUCCAGGACUGUUGGACCCAACAAUCCAACUGUACGCCCUCCUGGGCGUGUGCACCAUGCUGCUGUUUUCCAGCCUAUGCUUCGCCUUGAUUUUGUUUCACAGGCAAGGAAAGGCCAACAACCUAAAUAAGAGAUCCACGAGUACCAGAGACCAAACGCAGAAGUGUGCUGUUCAGUCAGGACAGGAGGAGUCUAGCUGUCCAGGAGGUCAGUCUGGGAGAAGCCCCAAAGAUUUUCUACCAAGUUCAAGCCUUCCCACUUACCGAAAGCCAUCAGAGGACUCCUUCCCAACAGAGACCUGCGUGUGCAUGCACUGUUUCCCCGACCUGAGGGGUCUCGAUCAGGACAGCGACAGGCCGCAGAGAGCACCAUACUCAUUCUACCAGCAGGGCAUCCUUCACAGAACCCACAUCCAAAACGGGGGUUCCCUGUGGAACGGGGACAGCCUGCGCGCCUCAGGUCCGGAUGUCCAGCAGGAGGCAGCGAUGGAAUGAGGUCCCUCUGGAAAACUAGAGUAGGAGGAUUUCUGCCUGGGAUAUAUGAGGUUACUAGUUAAGCACUGUUGACUGAUAAGGGGAUGCUUGUUGAUAAAAUGCAACGUUGUGAUGAGCUGCAAUAUUUUAGGGCUAAGAAGCAACCAUGACACUUUGUUCAAACUAAGAUCAACCUAUGUCUGUUGCAGACAUAUGAAACUAUCUUUAAGGGACACUUUUACCUCAUGUUUCUAAACAUAGAACAUCUUGUCUGACAUUUUUCUAUGUAAUUUCUCUAUGACAGACAGGUCCUUGCAAAGUUACAGAACUUUUGUCUUAUUACAAGCACAGACUUGAUGUAUUAUAUUGUCAUUUUUGUUGAACUUUAAUAGUGAAGUGGAAGGAAAAGAAUAGAUGGUUUUAAAAAUAAUUUUACAAAUAAAAUCUGAAAUGUGUGGCAUGUA